AUGGGGAAGAAGGGCAUUCACAAAUCUUUCCAAGUCUACUUCUCUAAGCUGAAGAAAGUCACCACUGUCCACCUCCCAAGCCCCACAAACCCCUCCAACGCCGCCACCAGCUGGCUCUUCUCCGCCUGCAAGCACCCCAGGACCCCGUCCUUCGCCGUCGAUCGCCAUCAACCUGAAGAUGGCGGGGGCGGCGCCCACGACCCCGCUGCCACCCUCUCCGACGUCUAUCGCUUCCUCUGCGAGAACUUCCACUCCCUGUACCACCGCGACGAGGACGACAAUCGUGAGUUCUCCUCAGAAUCCCCAAGCUACGACACCGAUCCCCCGGCGGGCACGAUCCGGUCAUCGGAACGGUUCUUUGUUUCUCCCGGCACGUCCAACUCCCUCCUUGAUGAGGCCCGGCCGAGCGCCGAAACGUCAUCGUCGUCAUCAUCUAGUCCGGCGGUCCCCGGCGACGGGGUGGCGGUGACGACCUUCUCCAAGGACCCCUACGACGAUUUCCGGCGGUCCAUGCAGGAAAUGGUGGACGCCCGCCACGUGGAUCCCCACCAGACUUUGGAUUGGGACUUCAUGGAGGAGCUUCUCUUCUGCUACCUGGAGCUCAACGACCGGAGCGUGCACAAGUACAUCCUGAGGGCCUUCACAGAUCUGACGGUCAGCUACCGGCGUAGGUUUACGUCGAGCAGGGGGAGGAGGCGGAGGAAGGCCAAAGAAGGGGAGGUGGUGGUGCCACGUCAUUUUCCGGUGGCCGGCUGA